AUGCCGCGCCCAAAAGUGCGCUUGGAAGAUCGACAACGAUCUAGCCGUGCAUGUCAUACCUGCAAGGCCCUGAAAAUACGAUGCGACUCUCAAUGCCCUUGUGCCUCGUGCAUGCGACGCGGACAGGCGCAUGCAUGCGUUUAUUCCGGGACCGACCGUCGGAGGCGCAAACCAUGCGUCACAGAUUUGACAACACAUGGUCGUGCCAUUGACGGGGUAGAUGUCUUUUCGCGGAGAUCGGGUGUUACGACUCGAAAUAGCAAUCCGCCCUUUGAAUUGGAUGGUCAUGUAUCUGAAAUGGUGACGCCUGAGUCAAGAAGUGAUGACCAUCCUCUACCCGAUGCCCGUCCGCACCAGCGGUUCCCUCUCAGGCCAGAUCAGUCAACAAAAGUCAAGGCGUACGUAGGAUCGGUGCCUUUCACGGAUUCUGAACGACAUCACAUUGUUGUCGAUAUGGAUCAUUGUUCUUCAAUAAGUGUCAAUGUUGAUAGUGUCGAGCGGGAGAAGCUCCAUGUAUGGAUGGGAUUUUAUAACGAUGCAACAAGCGGGAUCUUGGAUCUCUUCACCGAGCAUGAAGUUGAAACCUUAAUAGCGGCCCGUACGCCUAUAUCACAGGACACAUCUAGCUUGUUUGUGGGGCGUGAGGAUGCUGCAGCAAUGGACGUUGCCCUUGCCAUUGGCGCCCAAGUUGAAGGGUCACCCGAAGACACCCAUUUUGCCAAUAGCUACUUUCAUCGCGCGCGACAAGUAGCAUUUGCCGACAUGUUGAUGGUCCAGAAUGUUGAAACAGUGCGGCUCUUUCUACUUAUGGCCUUUUAUAUGCUGGGCGCUUGCCAUCGCAACGCUGCAUCAAUGUUCCUCGGGGUAGCUGCACGAGCAGCUAUUAUCCUUGAACUCCACAGCUCUGAGGCUUACAGCUCUGCACUAUCUAAGGAAGAUAGUGAACGCAGCUUUGUGCUCUCCAGGCCGAGAAGCUUACCUACAGUGCCCAAUUGGUCGAAUAUUAUAGAAUCAAAGACUGAAUCGGCCUUCCAUGCCAUUGGUGAUGGAUGUAUCUUGCUGGAUAAUAUCGUCGACACUCUCAGCAAAGCUGAGGACCUCCUUAUGCAGCUCCGGAAGUGGAGUGGCAGCCUUCCCACAACCCUCCGCCAUAUCUUAUCGCAUAUCUCACGUCACGGCUACGCGGAAAAGCGCCGGAUCAUUUGA